CCUUCUGCUGUCCACUCAGUCAAAUGGAAACCUUCAUUGAGACACAAGAGGCCGCUCUUGAGGUGAAAAGGGCGAACGCCAGCGCAGUGGUUUCCUCGUUUGACAGCAGGGGCUUGUUUUACAGCACAAAUCAACAAGGAUGAAGAUUUCAAGGGACGAUGCGGCAACAGAGAUAACCGAGGAGACGUUUAGCUGAAAGGCCAUCAGCUUUAACUCUGUCUCCCAGUGUAGUUUACGCUACGAAAUUAACGCUAGGAAAUUUGAAUAUCGACUGAACUGCAGAUGAAUGCCUGUGCCUUAAAGUGUCCCUGCAUUUGUUGUUGUUAGCUGGUAAUGCUAACCAUAGAAGUUGUGAGCUAGCUGGCCUAGCAAGCUAAUAGUUCAAGCGAGGAAAAGAUAAUUAGCCACAUAUGUUGGAUUUACUCAACGCUGUCCGGCGAGUACACUCGGCGUCGUGUAGCUGAUGGAGCCAGCUAACCUUAGCUUCAGUAGUUCAAGAACUGAAGCUUUGGUUAAGCUUUUAAAGUACCAACCGUAGUAACGUUAGUUACCUAGUUAGCUUGCCAGUUAGCCACCACUAUACUUGGAAGAAUGAAUAGAAAACAUCCUCAUUAUAAAGAAGCAGAAGUCAGCUGCUGCGUGAAAUACUUCUUAUUCGGAUUUAACAUUUUAUUCUGGUUACUAGGAGCCGCAUUCUUGGGCAUCGGCCUGUGGGCAUGGGCGGAGAAGGGCGUGCUGGUCAAUCUGUCAUCCAUCACAGACCUCGGGGGCUUCGACCCUGUGUGGCUCUUCAUCGUCGUUGGAGGGGUCAUGUUCGUCCUGGGCUUUGCUGGCUGUAUUGGAGCUCUCCGAGAGAACACUUCCCUGCUUAAAUUUUUUUCUGUGUUCCUGGGUUUGAUCUUCUUUUUGGAGCUGACAGCGGGGAUCCUUGCCUUCGUCUUUAAGGACUGGAUCAAAGACCAGCUCAACUUUUUCAUCAACAAUAAUGUCAAGGCCUACCGCGAUGACAUCGACUUGCAGAAUCUCAUUGACUUUGCCCAGGAAUAUUGGUCAUGCUGUGGAGCUCACGGGGCCGACGACUGGAACAUGAACAUCUACUUCAACUGCACAGAGCUGAACCCCAGCAGGGAGCGCUGUGGAGUCCCCUUCUCCUGCUGUGUCAAAGACCCUGCAGAGGAUGUCAUCAACACACAGUGCGGCUAUGAUGUUCGGCUUCAAUUGGAGCUGGACCGGCAGAAAUAUAUCUAUACCAAGGGCUGUGUGGGACAGUUUGAGAAGUGGCUUCAGGACAACCUGAUUAUUGUAGCUGGAAUCUUUGUAGGUGUUGCACUUUUACAGAUUUUUGGCAUCUGCCUUGCUCAAAACCUGGUUAGUGAUGUGAAAGCUGUCAAAGCCAACUGGUGACAGGAGAGGUGAAGUGAGGGAGCCUCGGCCCUGCCAGGUCAACACGGCACACAAUGAGUCCCGUCCAGCUGAGGACGAAGAGCCGAACCUUCAACUCUGUCUCCUUUGCCUUUGAGCUAAGCAGCACCUACGCACUCUCACACUUGUAUAUGUGCAGACGCAAAGAGUUUACUUCCCUGUCUAUCAGUGACCCUUGAAUGGGGAGAAGAAUAUCCCUCACAAACCAAACAGUCAACACUUUGUUUACCACUCAGCUGGGAAAUUAACCCAAAUAUACAGAAGACGGUCCUGCCUACUUCAUAGUUAGAUUCUUUAUGUUUCCUCUGAUUUUGUUCUUUGGACAAGUGUAUUUAUGGGCCGCAGUUGCACACGGACCCCUGUCAUCUGGGAGAUUGGAAGCCAUGGAUGAAAGAAACAUAAACAUAGGAAAAGGGACAGAAUGUCUCCUUUUUUGAGGUCAAGCGUUACAUUGUGACCGAGCCUCUGUCCACUCAGUGAGGCGUUGAGCAUCUCUUCUUACUGCCUGUUUUUAACAUGCUUGUCCCCUCUUCCCGCUGUAGGGAGUCGUGGGUGACUGGCCGGUCGGGCACCAAAACACAUGGAUUCCUCUGCGUGUUGUUUUAUUUUUUUCUCCAUCGUGACCUUUUAUGACCACUUUAAAGACUCUGAACACUGGCUGGUCAAGUCUGCAACUUUCAAUUCUCCACUCAACUCAAAAUUACACAAUGUAAAAAAGAAAAAAGUGCCAUUAAUUUCCAGUGAUAUUUUUGUCUCUUUCAUGUUCUUUACAUGGAAUUUCUGCACCCUGCCCCACAAUACCUCAGGGCCUGGCUGAAAAUAUAUGCUUUUUACCACUGGUUAAAAGCAUAUAUAUUUGUUUCCAUCCAUGUCUGUUGAAUAUAGAUAGACUAACUCAAUGCAGAACACUAACAGUUCCUCGGAAGUCGCCCUGUUUGCCCUGCAGUGAUUGUAUUAUCUGUAGAUUUACUGAAGGAUGUUCUAUUGUAUUAUAUGAAAUGGCCUGGUGUGGUUAGGAUCAUAGGACUAUUCCAUACAGGGGAAGGUUGUUAAUGAUAGUUGAGAUUGCUGUUUAUCUCUGAGCAUCCCUCAGGCACAUGGGAUUGCUGGUUUGGGGCCUUUUUUACUUGACUUAUGUUACCACAUUUGUCUUAUGUUUUGUCCUCUGCAUAUUGAAAUAAGAAUAUUUGUCUGUUUAAAUAUGUCCUUUAUUAAUCCUUUUAUUUUCUAUCCUUUCAUAGACACAGAUCUUUAUUCUGGGUUCAUUGUUUGACUUCACCAGGCACCUGUUUUACCUCUGACCCAUCAGUCAACUGCAAAAUAGCUUCUCAUCGUUGAUGUUGUUAGCAGUCCUUAUGGAGACCAAAUAAUAUCAGCUGGCCACAAGCUAACUGCAAAUGUUUUGUCUGGCUACAAUUGUGAUUUUAUUCGGAAUGCCAAGAAUAACGAAUAGCAUUUCUAGGUAGCCAAAAUGUGAAUUUAUUGUCCCUUUUAUGUGGGAAAUGCCAGUUGAAAUGAGAAGUCAAACACAAAUUAAAAAAGAGUUACAGUACUGCUUUUAUCUUUAAUUCAAUGUUGUGUCUUUUGUUUGGACUGGUUUUUAAAUAGAAUAGUGAAAACACGCUCUUACCUUUUUUUUUUGAUAUUAGCAACAGCCUCAAUAUAACAUGAACGCUGCUUUAACGUUGACUAGUUUAUUGAUAUGUAGUACAAUAACCAAGCUAACAACAGUUCUCACAUGAUGGCAUUUGAACAUUUGCCUUGUUGAUAUGGUUUUGAGGAAAUAUUCAAAUGAUUAGAUCUCUCAAGUUUACAUUUCGUACUCGGCUUGUGACCUCUUGCAUUUCAUUACUAAGUUGCUCUCGCAGCUUUUGUCCAUGAUCCUCACAGAAUGCAGUUUCUCAUAUGACUGACUGGGUUCACUUGACACUUUUUGUACAUUUCUGUUUGCAUUUAACCUGCAGAUGUUUCUGGUUGUAGCAGCAUCCUUCAGAUACACAGCACAGGCAUGAUGUGGGGGGGCUUUACUGGACCACACGCAGCCACAUACACAGAAACUCUCAGACAAAAGAAACCUAAUUGCGAUGCACAUAAGUUGAAAGAUGAGCAGCGUUAAUAUUCUAUGAACAGCACACCAAACCUUUACCUGCUUCACUGAGUGUUUAGAAUAACAGCACCUUAUGAUCGCCUGCUUUGCUUACGGGAGGCAUGUUGCUUUCGCCCACACGCUUCCUCUUCAAAACUUUAUCUGAUCUGACUGCACCUGUCUCAGAGCCUGUCCUUUUUGAUGUAUUUUUACACACGGGGCUUAUUUGAAAAAGAAAGAGUCACGCAAGACAAAACAACAAUCAUUUGAAUUUAGGUGUCAUGAAUGCGAGAGUGAAAUAGAUUCAGAGGAGUGCAAUGCAAAUGUACUGGAAGUAAUGACUUCUCUCAGUUGAAAUGGACGAGUUUCCAUAGCAGAGGCUCAUUCAUUUCAGCGCUUUAGGUGUAAUCAGUGAGUAAGAGCCUCAAGCAAUCUGAGAGAACAGACAUUUGUUCUUCCCUUCAGAUCAAAUGUAGAAACGUGUUCAAAUUCUCACCCAAAGUUGCCACGUUUGCCUGAUGUGACGGGAUUUCUCUCUAUUAUUCUAAAUAUUUGUGUGGGCCUCUUUGAUUUCGCUAACCGUUGUAAAUCAAUCUGUCCCACUGGAGUCGAAAAAGAUCAGGAUGAAACCAGUGUUUAUUUUCCCUCCACACCUUUCUAGUCUAAUCUUUUGAAAAGUGGGUUGAAACGGAUAAUGUGUGAUUAAGUAGUUCACCAAAUCUUUGAAGUGUUUUCUUUUUUUUCUUAAAUCACCCUUAAUUGGAAGUGUUUGCUCAGGGUCUUAGAUACCCCUUUCCCUCAUAAGCCCCCCUCCCCCUGCUUAUGCAUGCGGGAAGAUUCUGUGUUGUACAUGAUAAAAAGGUCGGCUGCUGCCUUUUUGAAUGAUGCCGAGGAUCUGGCUGAAGGCAGAUGGAGGCCACGGGUUUCAGUUCUGCUGCAGUACAGAGCUGCAGCUCUUAAACAAAAAGCACUCGCGCUGUCUCUUUGCAGCCACCGCCGUCUGGAUGGAUUUGCCAAUACUCAGACAGUCACCUUGGUAAUAAGGACAAUAAUGCCAUAAUAAUCGGUUGUAGCAACGCGGCUUUAAUAUGCACACUCUACAAAGGUGACUUUUUGGUCUUAUGUUUGUUUCAACAGCUUUGGGUAAUUCUGGUUUUGUAUUCCUUUAAUGUAGAGGGAGGGAGAAAACAAUGCUAAUUAGGCUUUGUCCUUUAUCAUAAUGGCCUUGCAUUAUGAAACACCCUGUUAAUUUCUCUGCUUUCCCUGUGGGCAGUUAAAUCAUUCCCGAGGAGGAGCCUUAUGCAUACCAUGAAUGUAUAAGUCUGUAUCAGCAUGGACCUACUGCUCCUCGCUCGGUGAGAAACUGUUCUUAUGCAGCGCAAUACACAAAGUCAAGCUUAGGAAUGUGAAAUGUGAGAAAGGGUUGUCUUCUGUGAUGUUUUACAUUUUGAAAUUUUGUUUUUGUCAGCAUGAAAGCUGAUGAGCAUUCCAUUUAUCGUGUGUGCAGACCUUUAUAUGCAAUCGCAAAGAAUUUAAAUCAUCAGAAACAACCAUUUAAACAAUGUUUCAUUUCUAAUCUCUCCUCAGUAGCUGUAAACAAAGUGCACAGUUAUCCGAACAUCAUUAAAAUCAUCCCUUUCAUCCAGGUUUUGAUCAUCCUUUAUUGAUGUAAAACGUAUUUUUGCUACAUAUGCAUUUAUGAAUGAUUUAACUGAAAUGUUUUCUGUAUGCAUACAAAUAUAAAGUGACUGUCAUUGUCACUCGAUCUAUCCUGUGAUCAGCUUCAAAGCCUUCUUAAGUUUUGAGGCAUUUUCUGUUGAUAUUUCUCACAAAAGAAAGCAGCACAUCAGAUCUUCACAAGUUUUACCUCAUCGUGUGCAGACGCUGGUCACACCAGGGCGCAGAGAAGCAGCAUCAUUGACUUGUUAGUGAGCAUAUUAUCCGCAAUGUCACGGUUGUAAGUACAUUUCCAAUCAUGACAUUUGAUCAAUGCAUAAGCAUGAUGUGACUGGAACGAGAAGCGCUUUAAAGUUGCAGAUGUUUACAGUUGAAGAAUAUACAUUAUACGAUAGUUAAUGCUCUUUUAGCCACACAGAAACCACUUUGAAUAUCUCUUUGUUCAGCAAGAACCGUUUUCUCAGUUUUACUGACCAUAUUAUCUCCGUUCUCUCAGUUUAAACCUCUGCUCGUAUGGGUAGCCUUGUAAAGAAAUGUUGUAUAUGAAAACUGUGGGACAUGGUCUGUUACACUGUAUAUUGUGUUUAAAUAUGCCUCUUUCAUAUAUUAAAGGAUUUAUCAUAACA